AUGCCGUUCCGUGCCCCAGGGAGCGACGUUCUGGGUCCCCGGCCGCCGUUCCAGCCGCAGCAGGCCAUCACUGCCGCCGCCAACAACUCCAACGUCUUCAACCCCAGUGCGCUCCACGCCGCGCUCCAGGCGUCCAGCGCAACACAGCAGUCGCCCGGCACAUCCGAGUGGUUCUUCGACACCGGGGCAACGUCCCACAUGUCAUCCUCUCUCGGUAACGUCCUUCCCAGCUCUCUUCAUCCUUCUUCUUCUGUCAUCACAGUCGGGAAUGGUGCUCGCAUGCCGGCCACUCAUCGAGCACUCUCAAUCAUCCCCACUGCCACCUCCCCACUACACCUCACUGAUGUUCUUAUUUCCCCUUCCCUCAUUAAGAACUUAAUCUCAGUUAGGCGCUUAACUCGUGAUAAUGCUGUUUCAAUCAAGUUUGACCCUUCUGGCUUUUCCAUCAAGGAUCUUCGUACCAGGGCGGAGAUGCUCCGAUCUCCUUCGGCAUUCUGGGCCGAGGCCCUCGCCACGGUUACCUGCCUGAUCAACCGGCGACCGUGCCGUGCCACGGGAAUGGCAACCCCGUACGCGCUGCUGCUCGGCACGCCGCCCGACUACAACGAGCUUCGCGUUAUUGGAUGCAGGUGCUUCCCCAACACGAUCGCCACGGCGCCCCACAAGCUCGCCGCGUGA